UUGUUGUUGUUGUUGUUGUUGUUGUUAAUAUUAAUAUUAUUAGCUGCCCAUCUGACUGGGUUGCCCCAGCCACUCUGGGCAGCUCCCAACAAAAUAUUAAAAACACAAUAAAACAUCAACCAUUAAAAACUUCCCUGGACAGGGCAGCCUUCAGAUGUCUUUUGAACAGCCGGUUGGAGCAUAUUACACUGAUCCUGGCUCAACUGCACUAGCUGCCACCGUUCCUGGGCCCAAUUCAAAGUCCUGGUUCUGACCUAUAAAAACUUAAAACAGCUCAGGACUGCAAUACGGUACUUCAAGGACUGCCUCUCCCCAAAGGAACUUCCCCAGAUCCUGUGAUCAUAAUCUGAAGUCCAGAGAGAUCUGGAGGGCAGCAACAUGGGAAAGGGCUUUUUCUACACUGGUUUCCCUCUUUUAGGAUGCUCUCCCCAGGGAAGCUAAUCUGAUGUCUUCGGUUACAUAUCUUAAGGUACUGGGAAAACACAUUCCUCUUCUCUCAGGCCUUUGGCUAAUUAAAUAAUCUGUGGCUUUUGAAUGUGCUUGUGGGAGAGGCUUAUUGGUUUGGUUCUGUUCUUGUUUUAUUAUGCAUUUUGUGUGGUUGUUGUUUUUCGUACUUUUAUUUUGUGAACUACCGCGUGAUCUUCAGGUGAAGGGUGUUAUAUAAAUAAAAUAAACCCUGUGGGGUAGGUUAGCUUGAGAGACAAGGACUGGCCCCAAGGCCACCCAGUGAGAUUUAUAUGGCUGCGUUUGGACCCUGGGCUCUCAGGUGCUAGUCCAGUGCUCUUACCAGUACACCACAUUGAGUUGUGUUUGGAGGUUCGGGACAUAGAAGGCCUGAGAAGAGCAAGCAAGACCCUUGCCCCAUUUCACAGCAGGGCAGCUGGCCCAUCCAGGACCCCCCUCCCCAUUCUAACUUGAAUCAAUUAAUGAUAGCUGUACUUCUGUUAGAAUUAGUGCCUCCCUUGACCAGGUGCCAACUCUCCUUCCUUUGUCCCAGUCUUGUGUUCAUUUAUGCGUUGCUUCACGUGGCGACAUUGUGCUGGGGAAGGGGGUGGGGAUGGGCCGCAGAAGCGUGCGGUGAAAUAAUUAAAAGAAAUGGGGAGAAAGACAUUGAGAGGAAAACAGGAGAGGGAGAGAAAACUCCCCAUUCCUGAUGGACACAAAAGUUUGGGAGCGGUGUCUGGCUACUGUUGUGAACAGGAUACUUCAAUGCGUCAGAAGUGGGGAGCCAAAUGUGGCCUCUCUAUGGCCCUCAGGACUCACCCCAGACCACACCCCUUCCUCAGCCACACCCCUUAGCAGCCCUAGUCAAAUGGAGAGACUAUUGCCACCACAGAAAGGUCCAAGGUGGGAGGAAGCGGGGAACGCUCCAUCUUCUGGCCCUCAAUGCUUUAAUCUAAGUGCAAGAACCUCCUCUCAAGAUGUUCAUUUAAAAAUCUCAGCCUCCCCUUUCCACCUCCCUUUCUUCCUACCAGUAGAAGUAUUACCGGUUGGCAGCUGGACUAGUGCAACAGGUUCUGCACCUUUUGAACCUCAGUCAGAAUGAGGGCUUUAAUCUAUAGCCCUCAAGUGAAGGAAUUCUUCCUCAUCCCAGCCUGUGUCUCACAAUAUGCAUUCACUGCCUUUCGUUUUGGUACAAGACAUGGUUGCUCCUGAGCUUAUGGGAAAUCUCCCUGCCUUGGCAAAGUAAUAAUGCACUUACAGAAUGAUGUCUUGGCUUUGCAGGCCUUGGUAACGGCACCAAUUAGGGCCAUCUUUACCUCAAGGCAAAAACUGGGAGGAGGGAAAAGCAAUCCUCUUGCAGGAAGAGGAGCACCAAUCCAAGAUGGGCAAGAAGGAUUUAGCCGGCCCCAAAGAAGGAAGAGGCCGCCUCAAUGCCAUCAGGAAUAGGAGCAGUGGGGGAUCCUGGGGAAGAACGGUGGUGCAGAAGACCCCGGGAGAGGACACAAGUAGCUCAGUUGUAUGGUGCCAACGCUUCCGGCGGUAUCGCUACCAGGAUGACAAGGGGCCCAGAGAGGUUUGCAGCCAGCUCCACCAUCUUUGCCGCCUAUGGCUGAAGCCGGAGCAGCGCACAAAGAGUCAGAUUCUGGACUUGGUGAUCCUGGAGCAGUUCCUGACCAUCCUUCCAGCGGAGAUGGAGCGCUGGGUCAGAGAAUGUGGAGCCGAGACCAGUUCCCAGGCAGUGGCCCUGGCAGAAGGUUUUCUCCUCAGUCAAGCAGAUAAGCAGCAGAAAGAGCAGCAGGAGCUGGAACUGCUUGCAGAAGUGGGCUCUGGGUUCCCCGAGACAGAGGAGGCUCCAUCAGAUAUCAGACACAGUCCACCAGGAAGAGGGGUCAUGCAGGAGACCAACAGAGGUACCACCUUACAGUAUAAUGGAAUGGUGCCAGAAAAACAUGCUCAGCCAUCUCGACUUUGUGGUAGAUGGGAAAUGGCUUCUGUGCGACCUAAACAGGGCCUGGUGACCUUUGAGGAGGUAGCUUUGAAUUUCUCUAAAGAAGAGUGGGCUCUGCUGAAUCCUGACCAGAGAGCUCUGCACAAGCAAGUCAUGGAGGAGAGCUGUGCACUCGUUGCCUCUCUUGAAGGUGACAUCCAAGAUAUGGAGAAUGAGGGAGCACUGCGUGAGAGUCAGUCCUUCGCUUCAAAAGCCAGUGGCUGCUAUGAAAUUGCAACCCAAGAGGAAAGAAACAAAACCAGCAACUGUCCUGUGUCUCCAAACAGAUCUGAUUCGAACCCAAACCGUGAAGCUCGUGGCAAAAUCCACGCAGAGGAGCAACCAUUUAAAUGCCAGGAGUGCGGGAAGAACUUUGGUUGGAGGUCACAACUCAAUAGGCACCAAAAAAUGCACACAGGGGAGAAGCCAUACAAAUGCUUGCAGUGUGGAAAGAGUUUCAGGCAGAACUUUCACCUCACUUCCCAUCUAAAAAUCCACAGAGGGGAGAAACCGCAUGAAUGCUUGGAUUGUGGGAAGAGCUUCAGUCAGAGGAAUGACCUCGCUUCUCAUCAGAGAAUCCACACAGGGGAGAAACCAUAUAAAUGCUUGGAGUGUGGGAAGGGCUUCCGUUCGAGCACCAGCCUGACUUGUCAUUUAAGGACUCACACAAGGGAGAAACCGUAUAAAUGCCUGGAGUGCGGUCGCAGCUUUGGCCAGAGCUCAUACCUAAGUAAACACAAAAGAAUUCAUACGGGGGAGAAACCAUAUAAAUGUCUGGAGUGUGACAUGAGCUUUAGUCAUAAUUCAUCCCUCACAUACCAUCAAAGAAAUCACACUGGCGAGAAACCGUAUCGGUGCUUGGAGUGUGGAAUGAGAUUCAGUCAGAGUUCGGCCCUCAUGUACCAUCAAAGAAUUCACACAGGGGAGAAACCAUAUCAGUGCUUGGAGUGCGGAAAGAGCUUCCGGGUCAGACCAAGCCUCACUUCUCAUCAAAGAAUACACACAGGGGAGAAACCUUACAAAUGUUUGGAGUGUGGAAAGAGCUUCCGUUUGAGCACAAGUCUCACUACUCACCAAAGAACUCACACAGGGGAGAAACCUUACAAAUGUUUGGAGUGUGGAAAGAGCUUCAGUGUGAGGAAAAGCCUCACCUCUCACCAAAGAACUCACACGAGGGAGAAGCCACGCAGAUGCAUCAAGCAGGGGUGGGGAGCCUGCGGCAAUUCAGAUGUUGUACCCCCAACUUCCGCCAGCGCCAGCCAUCAUGGCCAACAGUCACCGAUGAUGGGGGUUGUAGACCAACAACAUUUGGAAGGCCCCAGAUCCCCUGUCCCUAGCUCUCAGGGUAAGAAAGAGUUUCAUUAAGUAUCACAGGGCUCACUCAAGGGAGAAACCAAUAGACAUUCUUUGAGUAUGGAACAAGAUUAAUAUCAAUAAAGCCAAUAUUUUAAACUUGAGAAGCGUUGUAUAAGUGAAUGUCACAGGAGCCCUAUUUUUGUACCCUAUAUAUAUGAGAGAGAGAGAGAGAUUAGGAAGUAAUUAUGUAUACAGAUGUGUCCACAAGGAAUUGAAACUGAAAAUAGCUUUUUAUGUUCCUUUUUUUCAGAUACAAGUCAGUUCUGAAAACAAGAACUGUAGGAUUAUGCAUUAUCCCUUAUAAGCACAUAAAACAGUAUUAGUAUAUUUGUCUAACAAGUCUCCCUAUCACCAUGUUCAAAUAACAUUUAUGGACUCUGUGCCACAAAAUUUCCCAUGUGUCCUGUGGGAUUCCCCCCCCCCCCAAUACUUUGAGCCCAUUUUACCAUUUAAUCUGUUAACUUUUUCUGGCCCACUAUCCUAUUUUAAGAGCAACUUGUAGAUUUUUGAUGAUCUGUUAGUACCAGUCUUCAUAAUUAAUUCUUCAAAUGUUGUAAAAUGUCUUAGGUUGUGAUCCUAACCCCUGGCCUACACUUCUGGUGAAGGUUAGGAUCCAGUAGAUGUUCCUGUGGGCUGACAGGGUCCCACCACUAUGGAGGUCCCUGCUGUAGGCACAGAGAGCAGAGCAGAGGCAAUGCCACCAUCAUCUCAAGGAAAUGGCUAUUAUGCCUGGUCCAGCUCCCAGAAAGGGGCCUGAUGUGGACAUCUCUUCUGUGACAGAAAAAGGAGAAGGUAUACCCAUCAUCACCCUGGCUAGUAUAAACUGCAAGGCUUCAAAUAAGGUGGUGGCAUAAGCUGCUUCUCCCUGGGCAGAGAUUGGAUUGAUCUCUGCAGUGUCAAUUUGCUCAGUGAUCCAAUUAAUGCAAUUUGCAAUACAUAAUAUAACGCAAUACAGAUGACAGCUUUUUUUUCUUUUUAUCCCGCACAUUUCUCCACUUUAUUUCUUGGCUUUUUCUUGUUCUAAACAAUUUUUGAUAAGACACUUAUCAUUUGUUAAUUUGCUGAGUCAGUAUCUCAGUUGAUAAAUGUUGAAAUGAAGUGAAAAAUCUUCAGGCAAUUUGGCCUGAAACAGAUACAGCUUCUCACAUUGUUUUUUAAGAUUUCCAGUUGCCAUUUGUUUGUUUGUGUGUGUGUGUGUGUUUGUGUGUGUGUGUGUGUGUGUGUGUGUGUGUGUGUGUGUGUUGCUCUUAUUUGUUAAUCUUAUGGGAUCAGAUCACCACCACAGAUACCCUAUAAUCUUUUUUUUCCUGGAAUCUGCUGCCAUUUAUAUCCAUAUUUUCUGCUUUUACUUUAUUCAAUGCAUAUUACACUAAACAUCCAGAUUCAGUUGCAAGUUUCACUAAUUCUGUUAAAGAUCGUAUAGGUUCUGUAAAUGUUAAAACUAUAUAUUAAACAUAAGAAUAUGAGUCCCUCCCAAUUUCUGUUCAUCUUUGCACCUCUUUUUAUUUUAUUCUCUUACUGUAAUUGCUAAUGUUUCCAGAGCUAGAAUGUAUAAAGAAGUAGAGAAGGGACAACAACCUUGUCUUUUUCCUUUUAUAUACAUAAUGACCUAUAGGCCACAGGUAUUCCCAGGCAGCAAAAUGAAUUGGAGGUUGCAGUUCUUAUUUUAUUACUAGCAUAGAACCCUAGAGUUGGAAGAGACCACGAGGACCAUCCAGUCCAACCCCCUGCCAAGCAGGAAACACCAUCAAAGCAUUCCUGACAGAUGGCUGUCAAGUCUCUGCUUAAAGACCUCCAAAGAAGGAGACUCCACACUCCUUGGCAGCAAAUUCCAUUGUCGAACAGCUCUUACUUGAGCAAAAUCCAGGGGAUUUGUUUUUCUCCUUUGAAAAAAGGCUGCAUUCCCAUGCAGUUUAAUGACGUUUCUCAACUUGAGGCCCAAUCGAGGCCUUCAUAAUGGGGCUUACACGGACAUUUGGAAAUUGCUGCAUAAACGUUGCAGAACUGAAUUUUAAGAUCAGAAGAGUGAGAAAGAGACAGUUGUGUUCAUUACUAUUUGAUAAUAUGCUUGUACAUGUGUAAAGGUAAAAAAUGUAAAGGACACCUGGACGGUUAAGUCCAGUCAAAGGCAACUAUGGGGUUGCAACACUCAUCUCGCUUUUCAGGCCGAGAGAGCCACCGUUUGUCCACAGACAGCUUUCCAGGUAAUGUGGCUAGCAGGACUAAACUGCUUCUGGCACAAUGGAACACUGUGACGGAAACCAGAGUGCACAGAUACGCCAUUUACCUUCCCGCUGGAGCACUACCUAUUUAUCCACUUGCACUGGCAUGCUUUCGAACUGCUAGGUUGGCAGGAGCUGGGACAGAGCAAUGCGAGUUAACUGUGUCAUGGGAAUUCGAACUGCCUACCUUCCAAUCGGCAAGCCUUCUAUACGCAUGUGUGUAUGUUUGUGUAUACACACACACACACCACCUCUCAUGCCCCCACUACCCACUACUCAGGCCUUCAUUUAACAACAUACGGUACUUCUUAGUUCUUGGAUUGCUGAACUGAGACUUUCCCCUAGAUGGUGCCAUAGCCAUGUUCAGAAUUCUCGUAAAACCAGGAAAACCAAAAUGCCUUCAUCAGGGCGGCCAACUUUUCAUACCAAGUGGGCUGCAUGGGCAUAGCCUGAGGGGAGCAGUGCAUCCCAAAUCCUAAAAAAUGAUUGAAAAGCAUUUAAAAGACUCAAUUAACUGAGGUUUUGCGCCCCCCCCCGCAAAAGUUUGUCUCCCCCUAACAAAAGCCAGCCCUCUGUAAUGUCCGCUUUGGGGGGGUGUAUUUUUACACAUGAUCUUUUUGCCCCACCCAACAAGAAUCCUGGCUACAGCUAUGAUGGGCCAGAGUAGUUAUUCGACAUGGAGCCCCCGGGCAGCACACUGUCUUGUCACACCAGUGGUGGGUGGGAGCGAGACCAUAUUUGAAAUCUAACCCAGCCCUCCUGCCACCUUCCCAAAGCGGGCUAAGCAAGGAGCUGGGCUUUGGGAAGGAGGCAUAACGCCUCUGACAGGGUCCUAGAGUCCUUCUUCCUCCUCUGGAAAGAUCAUUGCUCUGCCAACUCAUGCCUCUGGCUCACCACUAGAAUGUGGCUCCCAGAAAGCUCCCCAUGGGGCGAUAUGGCCCUUGACCCCAAAAUUUUCCCCAACCCUGGUUUAAGGGAAUAACAACUUACAGCUGACCAUGUUGUGUCUGUUUUUAGAAGGGGGAGAUUCUGUCUUCAAAAACAGACACCCAUUGUGCUAUAUGGAGUUUGCCUCCCAACAAGCUGGUUAUGAACACACCAGAUUAAGACAGAAUCUGCUCUGCCUGUCAACAUAGCUGCGUGUGUGCAUAUACACACACAGACAGAAAGACAGACAGACACACACACACACAGGUUUAUUGCAGUGAGCUUCUGCUGCUGCUAUGACCUACUUUGAUUAUUAUGAAGGAUGUGUGCGCACAUGCGCAAGACCCCUUUGCAAGCACGGGGCGUGUGAAUUAUUCAUGCUCAGCCCAUGUUAAUGCAGGAUUUAAACAAUCUCGUCUAUAAUUCAGAGGGCAGGGUGCUCCCACGGUUGGCUCUAGUGGUCCCCAGGGGUCAUUCACGCUUAGGUGAGCAAAGCUGAGUACUGUGGCUGGUUUUGACAGACAGGAGCGGAGGGGGAAACGAUUCAGCAGGAAUCAAUGCAGAGACUGAGCAGGUGCUUGUGGGGAGAGAAGCCACUGGAGUAAAAAGAAAGGAAGUGGGAGGCAACAUUUUCAGGGAUAGGGAACCUGUGGCCCUCCAGGUAUCGUGCGUCUACAACAGGCACCCCCAAACUUUGGCCCUCCAGAUGUUUUGGCCUACAACUCCCAUGAUCCGUAGCUAACAGGACUAGUGGUCAGGGAUGAUGGGAAUUGUAGUCCAAAACAUCUGGAGGGCCGAAGUUUGGGGGUGCCUGGUCUACAACACCUAUCAUCCUUGACCUCCAGCUGUGCUAGCUGAUUCAGUGAUGGCAACUGGAGUUCAACAACAGCCACAGGUACCCCACCUGUGUGAAGGGACAGAGGGUGUAACCAUUGCUCAGCAGAAGAACAUAUGCUCUAGGCACCUUCAGUUAAAAGCACAAGGGAGCAGGUAUAGGAGAUUUCUGCCCAAGACCCUGAAGAGCUGUUGUUGCUUAAGAGUCUGCAGACAAUGCCUAGAUGGGCAAAGAAGCUGGUAAGGGUAAAAGGUAAAGGACCCCUGGAUGGUUAAGUCCAGUCAAAGACUAUGAUGGGGUUGUGGUGCUCAUCUUGCUUUCAGGCCGAGGGAGCUGGCGUUUGUCCACAGACAGCUUUCCGGGUCAUGUGGCCAGCAGGACUAAAACUGCUUCCGACGCGAUGGAAACCAGAGUGCACGGAAACACUGUUUACCUUCCUGCCACAUCGGUAUCUAUUUAUCUACUUGCACUGGCAUGCUUUCGAACUGCUAGGUUGGCAGGAGCUGGGACAGAGCAAUGGGAACUCACCCUGUUGCGGGGAUUCAGACCGCUGACCUGAUCGGCAAGCCCAAGAGGCUCAGUGGUUUAGAGCAGUGCUCCCCAACCUUUUUAUCGCCGCGGACCAGUCAACGUUUGAUAAUUUUACUGCGGCCCGCUGAGGGGGGGCGUUGAUUGUUUCGUGGCCCGCUGAGGGGGGGGGCAUUGAUUAUUUAUAUUUUAUUUAGAUUGUUUUGAUUUAAUAAUUUUAAUUUAAUUGUAUUUAAUGUUCCUUGGGCGGACCGGUACCAAUUGAUCCACGGACCGGUACCGGUCCGUGGCCCGGGGGUUGAGGACCACUGGUUUAGAGCACAGCGCCACCAGCUGGCAUAAGUUGUCUUGCAUAUAUGGGAUGGGCUUGGCUCUAGUACAUAACAUGUUCCAACUGCAAAUGUCCCCCAUUUGACUACUGCUAGCAUCAACAGGUAAGGCUGGGGAAAAUACCUGUCAUACUCCAGAGUGCUGCCACCACUCAAUGCAGGCAAUGCUGAGACUAAUAACACAUGCCAGGUACAGGACAGCUUCCUAGAAACCAAAGGGCAGCCAAGUCGAUUUCUUGAAGGAGCUUUGUCAGGAAAGGUGACCCACAGACUAUAGUUCACUCCUUCCAAUAUAGCCCUUAUUUCAUAACACAGGCAGAAUAAAUGGAGACCUCCAUGUUCCAUGGUUUGUACUUUCAUUUUUUUAAAAAAAUGUUCUCAUGCCCAAAUAAUCUGGAGCAGGUGUGGGGAACCCUUGGCCUUCCAGAUGUUGCUUGAGCUCUUUGGAGGAAAAGUGAGAUAUAAAUGCAAUAAAUCAUCACCAUCAUCAUCCCUAGUCAUCAUUGGAUGUCCCUCACUGACACACAAGAUCAAGUGAAACCAAAAGCUAGACACGUUGCUCUAGCUCCAAGAAGAAGACCAUCACCACUCAGAAAAAAAUAUUUUUUGCCUUUCUGGCAAAAGCCUAGCACUGUAAGAUGGCAGGUGGCAAGUCAAUUAUGGCUCAGGAUUGCAAUACCUCAAGGACUGCUUCUCCAUAUGAACCUAUUCAGACCCUGCAACAUGAAAACGGGUCUGUUCUGCAGUGGCUGCCCCUUUGUGAAAUGCUCUCCCCAGGGAGGUUUGGCUAGUACCUUCAUUAUGCACCUUUAGUCACUAGGCGAAAAACAUUCCUCUUCAAUCAGGCUUUUGGCUGAGUAGCACCAUAUACUUCUUUUGAAUAUGUUUGUGGAAGGGGUUAUUGGGCUGUGUGUUGUUUUUUGGUUCCUAUUUUUAUUAUGCAUUUUGUGCUUUUAUAUUGCAUUUUAUGUUGUCAACUGCCUUGAGAUAUAUUAAUAAUUUCCCUUCUGUUUGCUUACACACAGAUCAUGGAAGGUCUUUGCCAGAAAAGGGCCUGUUCUUAGAUACGACUUGGGAUUUUUGCUCCAAUUGCUGCCUUGCCUUCCUCUCAUAAGCAAUGAUGUCCCUCUGGCUUCAGAUUUAGCAAAAGGGUAGGGAAUGUGGAGAAGAUAACCAAAAGUUAGAGAGAGGUUUAACUAGGGGCCCUUGGCAAGGAAUCAUAGAAUUGGAAGAAACCACAAGGGCCAUCCAGUCCAACCCCCUGCCAAGCAGGAAACCUGUCAAGCAGGAGUUGUAUGGGCAGUGCCCCCUGAAAAGAAAAAGCCACUUUACCACAGUAGAAAUUAGAAAUUAUUACUACAUUUUACACAAUCCAGGUAAUUGAAACGUCCAGAGGGAGGGCAAGGAGAGGAUGAAAGGCAAAAAAAUAAAAUAAAAAAUUGUGUGGCUUUGUGCCAUGGUGCGAGGAGGACAGGAAGCUUUUUCCAUGCCUGAUUUCGCUGCAAUAGCAGUGCUAUGUCGCCAUCUUCCCAUAGUCAGAAAGGUGAUUUUUUACACCCUGUGCCUAUGGCAGGGACUCUGCCAACAGCAGCAAGGGUAAGGGGGCAGAUGGAGAGGCCACCUCCCAGCAGCCAAGAAGGAAUACAGCCAAAGUCAAGAUCAGCCAGCCUACACCAGACAGCAGGGUUGCAAGCCCAGGUCUCAUCAAACACAGCCAGAAGAAUCCAGUGACCGAUGCUUCCGAUAACAUGGAGAAUACAUAGAUGUCUGGGUUUGAAUGUUGAAAUAGUUUGUAUCUGGAAGAGACAAUGUCUGCUUUGUGCUUUCUUCUCCGUGUAUGGAUUUGGGAAAGGGGCCGUGUAGUUUUACCUGCAUUUGCGGAAACACCUCCACCCUGCCUGCAACCUCCCCUCCCUAGUCCUGCCCACUAGGGAGACACCUGCACUGCAGGAAGGGGGAAGGGGAAGAGUUAUUUGGUGCUGGGGAGAAUGUCGCUUGGCUGAGCAGUCGUUUCAACAUGAACGGUUUACUUAUCAUUUAUUCAUGAAAACAGUCCCUGCCUUUUGGUGACGGCGGAGCAUCUUGCCCCUCUAAUGGAACAGGUGCAUCCACACAGCAGGCAAAAAGGGAAGACCAUUCACCCCUCCAGAGGUGCCAAAUUGGUGGGCAGCGUAAGAGAGGAGGCCCUUGGUCAUGGCAGCUUGGGCUUCGAUGCAAGCACACCACAAAGCAAAGAGGACAGGGACAGCAGAUGACUGGGGACGUGUCAGGCGGCUAUAAAACACAAAAGUGGGAUUCA